AUGCGCGUCGCUCGACGGAUUUCGUUAGGUCGACGGCUUUCAUCAGCUCAGCGUUUCCUGAUUCUUACUUAUGCUAUUGCCGUUCUACACGCUGGGAAUGCAGCAGACGAGCGCAUUCACCACCGCGAUGCCCUUUCGCGAGCUAUCAUUGAUGCUUUCCCUGACGUCCCCACGCUCAUCGAUUUCGGGUUUCCCGACCAUCUGUGUGGGACGUGGCACCACAACUACACUCGCAUGCACCAGCAAAUCCGGGCAGCCAGCAAAAGUCCAUCCUCUGCCCCGCCGCCCGAAACGCCACCCGUGAAAUUUCUCACCUUUGACGGCCUCCGCCACUGCGACAGCCUCGGGGAGACCCUCAUGGGGCUGACGUCAGCAUUCACUGUAGCUCUCCUCACUAGCAGGGCCUUCGUUAUAAAGCACCCGUGCAUCCCCAUGGCAUUUGAACCGGCGCUGAUCGACUGGCAACCCACCGAGGACGUGGGAUUCGAGCCGGUCAGAAAUGAAACUUUUCCGUUGGACCCACCUGACCGGACAGUCACACCGCCAAUAGGAGCGAGCGAUAUUGUGGAAGUUAAUUUGGAAUUGCAUCCCGAGGCACACCCGGAAAAGGUGUUUCCGAAGGUGGAAGCUGCGCGGAACCUGCGUGUGGUGUGGAAUAAGGAUCUGCUGGUGCAUAUGCUGAAGGGGACGAAUGAAUCGGUGUGGGGGGAAAGACUCAGGGCCAUGGGCGUGCGAAUUCCAUACGCUUUCGGCUGCUUCGUUCGAUACCUGCUGAGGCCCAAGCCGGAGGUGUGGCACAGGAUGCAACCGUUUGAGAAGCAGCUGAGGGGAGACAAGGUGGUGAGCAUCGGCAUGCACGUGCGGCAGUUCGGCCGCGGGCCCCCCCCGCCCAACACCACUGUUAGCCCGGAGGAGGUGAAGCAAGUCCUGGACGACGUCGUGUGGCCCGCCAUUGAGUGCGCCAAGAAUCUGGAAAACUGGUGGUACCCGCCAACGCUUGAUGUGAAGUGGCUCGUUAUUAGCGACUCGCUGCAACUCAAACAGGAGGCCACAAAAGUGAACGAUUCCAAGAUCGUGAUCACCGAAUUCGAACCGUGGGUCCCACCCUCCCUCCUCAGCAUCAGCCAAAGCCCCCCUCCCCCGUCCCCUCCCCCACCCUCCCCCGACUCCUCUUCCGAUCCCACCACUCCCACCGCCACCCCUGAGGAACCCCCUCUUGCUCCCAUUCCCUCUGUGCAAACCUUCCAAGAAACAGUCACUGAAUGGCUGCUUCUCUCCUCGUGCAACUCCUUUGUCGUUUCAACCUCCGCCUUUGGCCGUACGGCCGCCAUGUAUUCGAUGCAUCCCAUGAGCAUCUACACGCCGCAGUCGUGUGAGCCUCAGACUCCUGUUCGCGUCAGCAGCUUCGGAGAGGGUUCAAAGCGGCAGUUUUAA